AUGCAAAUGCCUUUUCUCAAAGAUUACUUUCUCAAUUUAAAUCUCUUCGAACCGCGUCCUGAAAGUAACGAAGUACAGGAUAAUCAAACGCGUCGUUGGAAUCUUCUCACAACUCGAGUGUAUCUUAUAGUUCUUCUAUCGACUCUCAUUGUAAUCGCCUUGUUUUUAUCGCUGACGAGUCAAACGACAAUAGUCAAAGUGGAAUUUCCAACCAAGCAGCAAUUCGAGAAACUUCCUUCAAAUGCCCGGUGUCCUUGUUCUCAAAUCUCUUUCCCACAUAGCAAAUUCGUUUCACUCCAAACAACUUUCCAUCAAGUUUGCUCCAGUGACGUAAUUUCUGUUCGAUGGUUCCAAGCGAUAAAUCUUCGAGCAAACGCUACUUAUUUUCCUCGAGGCGAUUUUCAAACAUUCGGUAGCGCUCAAUUUCAAGCACUUGCUGGUUUCUGUCGUUUAGCCAAAGCUAAUAUCGAGCAAGCCAUCAACUCCUUCUAUCUCCGUACAUUCCUAACCCCUCAAGUGCUAUCUGACACCGAUCUUCAAUCAAAAAUUCAAGCAUUGAUCGCUGAACUUCAAUCAACAGCACCAAAUACUUUCAAUGGUUUACUACGAUUAGUUAAUGACAUGAUCCGAACGAAUGAACUAAUGAAUGGAUUACUAACCGUUGCGACCUAUAGAUACUAUUUCUUAUCCCAGAAUAACGUUAAUCUUGCUAGAAUAGGCAUUGGAUACAUACAAGCUGAUGGAUAUUGGUGUACAUGUCAAAUUAAACUUUGUCUGUGGAGUCCUUCAGGCAUACACCAAGUAUUCAAUCGAUCUGUAGAACCAUUUCCGGCAAUUCUUCUUUGGCAAAUACCGGGAAUCUCAUCAGGCUGUCUCCCUGUGCAUUCAAUUCUUCUUUCCGAUCUAGAAUGUUUCUAUAAUCAAACGUGUGUGAAUAAACUUGUUUCAUAUUUCCCGAUAACGAAUGAAACAUUCGUAGCAAUGAAUGCCACCAAACGAAGUCGCUUCCAUCCAAAUUCUACCGUAAAAUCUGUAGUCGAUGAACUGAUGAUCGAAGAUUGGAUAACAAAUAUUUCCUAUGAAAACUAUUAUUCUCAAUGUGCCCCAAAAUUAUGCACAUUCUAUGAAACCUCUCGGCACAAGAAGAUGUACGUCAUCACAAAACUUAUUAGUCUAAUGGCUAGUUUAGCGAUUGGGUUCAAAUUAAUUAUUCCCAUUGUUAUGCGAGCUGUCCGAAUGUUAACAGAUCGAACACCACGACCACAAACAUCUGUUUGUGCUCGUUGUCAACGACUUCUUCGAAAUAGUCGAAAGGUACUCAUCGAAUUGAAUAUCUUCAGACAUUAUCCAAGCACUAACCGACAAAUACGCUAUGAACGUUAUGCUACUCGAGCCUACAUCUUGUUGAUUCUCAUCACAAUCUCGAUUUUAACGAUUUAUAACCUCUCACAAAGAUCGAUUCGUUCGAAAACAAUUGUUUAUCCAAACGAAUCAGAGUAUCUUCAACUACAACAAGAUCACCCGCAUAGCCUUUCGUGCCCGUGCUCUUCAAUUUCGACGCCGUACGGAACUUUUAUUCAACUUCGACCUUAUUACCAUCAGCUAUGUGCAAGCGAUUUACUUUCGGAAAAAUGGAUGAGUUACACAUACUAUUUGAAAUCUGACGCGUCGUUUUUUCUUGAUUAUCGUGGCACUGCCAACACUCAUUUUCAAACCUUAUCAACGUUUUGUCAAGAAGCUCAGCAAACAAUCAAGGAUGCACUUCGAAUAUUCUUUCAAACAGAACUUGUAAGUUUUCAAGUUCUUUCUCCUCGUUCAUUUCAGUUUCAAAGCAAUUCACUGAUUGAAAAUUGGAAAUCAACUACAAUCAAUACAUUCGUGCGUACGGUUCAAUUAGUUCGUGAAAUAACCCACGGGAAUCAAUUAUCCAAUGGUGGAUUCAACUCAAUCGCUGAUGUUAAUCCCAAUACUGGAAAGACGACAUUACAAUCACGAUCUUAUGGCCCUUGUAAUUGCGCUUUGGCUCGAUCAUGUCGUGUCCAAGCCGGUAUUUAUCAAAUCAAUGAAUUUUACAGUCGAAAUAGGACAUAUUCAGUUCCUAAUUUCUUUCUUGGUUGUCAAACAAUCGAAGCACUACUUCUCUCGACAUUACAAUGUUUCUAUAAUCUCUCGUGUAUGUUGACAAUUCAUAAUCAAUCAGCUGGAGUCGCUUCACAACCUUUUACAUUUUCUCCACUGAAUGAGAAACUUAAUCCACCAAAUGAAACAAUCGAAUCCAUUGUUAAUCGACUAAUGGUUGAUCAAUGGUUUUCAAAUUAUUCGUUUUCGUUGUAUUAUCACAAAUGUGCUCCAUCGUUCUGUACAUUCGAAUUCGAAGCUCAUCAGAGUUUCGGAUAUGUCACUGGUACCAUUCUGAGCAUCUACGGAGGUCUAUCACUCGGACUGAAGAUUGUCAUCUGGAUUGGUCUUCGAUGUCUUAAACAAAUUAUGCAGCACAUCACGUCGAGAUUAGUUAUGUGGCAUUCAAUUCGACGUGCGUUUACUCUGAAUGAUAAGCGCAAAGUCAUUCGUCGAUUACAUUUCAUUCUGGUUAUAAUCAUGCUUUGUAUUUUCUACGGUAUAACGAAUUUUACAAUUUAUACAAAGACUGUAGGGAUGAAGAACAUUACGUUAACUAGUUAUAAAGAGCUACUCGAACAAUCCCACGAUUUGCUACAGUGCUCGUGUUCGCGAAUUUCGAUAAAAUAUAAAUCGUUUCUUACUAUUCAACCGCGUUUUCACCAGAUAUGUUCGAGUGAUUUCGUUUCCAAUCAAUGGAUUUCGUAUCUAUACAACCUUAGCGUUCGGAUAAACGAAUUUGAUCCAGCUGAUUUUUAUCAUACAGCCAGCGGACAGUUCCAGCUACUUCAAUCGUUAUGCAAACUAUCCGAAGAAACAUUAAAUCAAUCGCUGAUUCAACUAGGCGAAAGCGACUUCAUUAAUACUGAACUUCUAUCUCCGGAUUUAUUAGAAAAUCGAAUUCAAUCAACCAUCAACGAAUUCCAACUAACAAUGCCGAAUUUAUUUAUCAAUACUCUCUCCUUAAUUCGCGAGAUGAUCGGAACGAAUAUGAUACUAACAGUAUUUUCUACUAACUGGCUAAUUGAAACACCAUCUGUUCUAUUCCACGGAAAAUUUGCUCAUACAAUUCCAAUAGAUUACCAAGAAUGCAAUUGCGCAGUGUCAUUUAAAUGUGUGUCUCCAUCUCGUGGCAUGCUUGCUGGCUGCUAUCCACUUGAAGCUAUGCUCCAAUCUACACUCGAAUGUCUCUUCAUUCCAAUGUGUAUUCCCGUCAUGUAUAAUUUCAAAGUGUUGGACAUUUCUUCAGUUAAUUCAAGUCGUUUUGCUCUGAACGCGACCGUCGAAUCGAUUAUUGAUAAACUAAUGGUUGAAGAACUCUCAAGCAAAAUGUCCUAUGACGUAUACUUUAAUCAAUGCGCACCAUUAUCCUGUAGUUAUUCAUAUGAUGAUAAAAAUGACGUAGUCGAAGGAAUUACAACUUUAAUUGGUCUCUACGGUGGUUUAUCAAUUAUGUGUCAGUUACUUUCGAUAUUCAUUAUCAAACAAGUUUUAUGUCCAGUGCGACAAAUUAACCCAACGACACGUUAA